AUGAAGAAGGACAUAGAUUCACUGAUAGCAGAGGAACGUGCUGAAAUCAUCUCUAAAUAUGACAAGGGAAGACAAGAAGGUGUUAGCAUUGAUCCAUGGGAGGAUGCAGACUACAGCAUUUAUAAAGUCACUGACCGCUUCGGCUUCCUGCAUGAGGAAGAGCUUCCAACACCCACCGCGCUUGAAGAAAAGCAAAAGCAACAGGAAAUAGAGCGAGUGGAGAAAUGGCUGAAGAUGGUGAAGAAGUGGGACAAGUACAGGAACAGCGAAAAGUUGGUGAAGCGUGUUUAUAAAGGUAUUCCCCUCCAGUUCAGAGGCCAGGCUUGGGCCCUGCUUUUGGACAUAGAGAAGGUUAAACAAGACAAUGAGGGCAAAUAUGAGAAAAUGAAGCAGCAGGCCCGUAACUACUCCACAGAGAUCAAGCAGAUAGACCUGGAUGUCAACAGGACCUUUAGGAACCACAUCAUGUUUAUGGACCGCUUUGGAGUCAAGCAACAGGCCCUGUUCCACGUGCUAGCGGCCUACUCCGUCUACAACACGGAGGUCAGCUACUGCCAGGGCAUGAGCCAGAUCGCUGCUAUCUUGCUCAUGUACCUGAACGAGGAAGAUGCCUUCUGGGCUCUAUCCCAGCUCCUCACCAACAGCAAGCAUUCCAUGCACGGGUUUUUCAUCCCUGGAUUUCCCAAGCUGCAUCGCUUCCAGGCUCACCACGAGCUCAUUCUUUCUAAAAUGCUACCCAAGCUGAAGAAACACCUGGACAAGGAGCAGAUGACGACGGGGAUUUACACCACCAAAUGGUUCCUCCAGUGCUUUAUCGACAGAACCCCUUUCACCCUCACCCUGCGUUUGUGGGACAUCUACAUAUUGGAGGGAGAGAAGAUACUCACGGCGAUGGCUUACACAAUCCUCAAGUUACACAAAAAGCGCCUGCAGAAGCUGCAGUUGGAGGACCUCAGGGAGUUUCUCCAGGAGCAGCUGGCUGUUUCUUUCUUCCUCCACGAUGAUGUGGUGAUUGAACAACUCCAGGCUGCCAUGUCAGAGCUGCGCAGUAAAAAGCUGGAUCUACCUCCACCAGCAAAGUCAGAUGAACUGCCCAAGAAGCCACUGGGCCAGGAGAGACCCGUCCUCCUUCUGCCAUUGAAGCCCGGCUCUCCUCUGGAGGUCAAAAUGAAUCUGCAGGCCAACAGCCAGCCUCAAACGGAGUCGCAUCAAACGGAUGCCAUCGCCCUUCAUCAGAGCCCUUCUCCUGCACAACCCCAAGAUUUAAGAGGCCUGCCAGGGACGAACACACCCCCUUUGCCCUCCCCAGACCCAGUUGUCAUCCACUCACAGGGAACACCUUCUUCGCUGAGGCCUUGUAGGCCUCCUCCUCAGAAACCACCAAAAACAAGCAAGCUAUCGGCUGAGGCGAACAUCACAGACAUGAAGGAGACGCUCCCAGAGGUUUGGCAAGAUGGCAGAAAACAGCAAAAGCAUCCAGAACAGCCAGAGAGCCAGGAGGAGUCUGGGGAAUGGCCCCCGCCUUAUGAGCCCCCUCCUUUGGAAGAUCUCACAAUGCGGACCGAAGAAGAGAUCGUGGACCUCCCAGACCUACCACCCCCACCGCUAUUUUAUCCAGAGCAGGGCGACCACAGGCUUCAGAACAACGACCCCGCCAGCCCGGGAGUUCGCACCGGCCCGCCGACCCCGCGCCGCUCCCCUUCCCCACACUCAGCCUCCCCAUCGCUCAGUCCAAUGAAACCAUCCCCGAAAUUGAAUCCAAAACCAUGUCUUGAGCUCCCACAGAAAAAACCAACGCCUCCCAAAGCCUCUCCUCACUGUGCCUUCACAGCAUCUUCAACUUCUCCCAGACUUCCUCCAAAGCCAACAAAGUUUCCAGUGUCUCUGUACGUCCCUGUGUCCGCUGGGGACAGACGGCCCUCCAACACCUCCCAGUACGAUAACCUCUCUGAGGCCGAUGACGACGACCGCUUCGUGGAGAGACUCCUGGCCUCCACUCUCGAGGAAACUCCCAGAAUGCACAGCAAGCCCCCCUGCACUAUUGAUGGAGACUAUGACCCCACCCUUUACCCUCUGCCCCCGCCUCCCGUCUUCAUCCCUCCCUCUCCUUCCCCUCUCCCCCCCUCGAUGUGUGCUCUCCCCAGUUUGCCUCAGGAACCGGACUAUGAAGGAGAGGACAACUGGGUGGAGGAUUCCAUCAUCCCCCCGCCCCCGCCCAGCUUUGCUGACAGACUGGCUCCGUUUCAGUGUUCUCCUGCCGCCUGUUCAGACACACACACAGAGCCUUCACCUGUUUACUCCAAGCCUUUCUCCAGAGGCCCCAGAGACCGUUCUGCCUUCCCGGCCCCUUUGUUGUACACAGGGUCCCCCCCAGGUCAAUCCAGGUCCCCAGGACAGCCGCCAGUGGGAGUGCCCCUGGUCCAGUCGAGCCCUGACUUUUGUAGGAUGCCUCCUAUUGGACAGCAGCUGCCCAAAUCAGUUACUUUCUGA